GGCCAUGCUAGCCAUGCCGAGUUAGGCAUUUGUGCCUUUAGUAUUUAGGGGACGCUUAGCCGAGGGUCAUCUCUUACGACGAUUAUAUCGGUGUCCACAACCGUGCUUGCCUAGCAAGAUGGAGGACUUCGAACGGUUUCGGCAGCCGUGGGAGCCGAACGAGCAUUGGGCCAUGCGUCGUGAGUUCAUCCGGCGGCACUGGAGCAGAUUUCCAGAGAACCGACUACUCUGUUUGGCUCAGACGUUCGUGAACAUGGAACUGCUCGGAUGUGCCUACCCGGCCCGUGUAGCAGAACUUGUGCGCGAGUUGGCGAAAGAUGUGCCCAGAUCGGAGCGCGCCAAGGCUCCCGCAGUUGCGCCCGUCGCUUUCGUGAAAGCCAGCGAACCGUCGUCGGAAGAGGCUUCAUCGAAAGCUACUGCAAAAUCGUACACAGCUGUUCCAGUCAGGCAGCAGUUUGUGGGCGGGUUUGCGAACAGAGCUGGCCUCGGAUGCCAACCACGCGAACCGGCUAGCAGCGACGAUUCCGUCGAUCCAAGUAGCGCUGUGCCUACGAGGCAACAGUUUGUCGGCGGCUUUGCGAACAGGGCUGGGCUUGGGUUCGAGACGUGUAAGCGGUCGGCAGACGGUAGCGAUCGUCUCGACUCUGCGAGCGUCGCGAAGGUUAAACGCAGGAAAACCGGCAAGCGGUCGGUGGAGCGUUCCCUUACGCCUACCGAAGAGCCUCCGCCUCCAGUCGAUUGCAAAGAUUCCACGAGGCUCCCGAAAUUUCAGGCCGUCGCGAAGAUGAUCAGAGACAACGUUAUCGACGGGCCCAACACGCUGGACAAGUUGCAGCAGGUAUUCUCCAAGUGCGGCCUCACCCUGGACGUACAGUUCGAGCAGAAACAGGAAGCAGUAAUCAUGUUUGAGUGUGUCGUGUGCUCGGACGGCGAAACACUGGGAAGGGCAACAGCCUCGAAGAAAAAGGAGUCGAAGCGGCUCGCUUUUCAGGAAAUCUGGGACAGUUUUUCCCGCGUUGUGGAGGUCCCUAAACCGCCCCCACGCGUGCCAGCACCGUCUCGCAAGUUAGUACAGAAACCUGGCAACCGCCGUAACGCCAUAAAACCACCAGCUUACCCAGUGGGAGGGUGCAUUCAGCAGAAAUUGGCAGACGACGAUCGCGAGCUAGAUUUAGAAACACUGGUUGUUGUUCAACCCAUGAAUCCUCCCUGCGAUGCUAUGUCAACCUUGAUCAGGACGGCACACACAAACAGGCUCAGAGGCAGAUUUGAUGUUGAAUCUACGGAUUCUGGAUACACGUGCACGUUUGUGCUCGGGCACUGCGAAAUCAGGAACGGUGCAGGCGAGACGACUCAGGAGGCGAAGCUCAAAGCAGCGUCUGCAUCCCUAGCAUACCUUCAGAGCGUUGCUCCUACGCUGCUAUUGAAGCGGCGCGUAGAUGGCUGUGGUCCCGAGCUGACGAAGAACACCUUCGGUGUCUCCGACGAGAGCAAUGGCCCGGAACAAAUAACCUCGGAAAACAUUGGACACAAGCUGCUCAAGAUGAUGGGUUGGAGUGGCGGUGGGAUAGGAAAGGAAGGGCUCGGCAUAGUGGAGCCCGUUAUGCUUAAGGAAACGUGUGGCCGAAAUGGCCUGGGAUUCGGCAGCCCUGGCCGCAUGGAUUGCAACUUCAAGACGAAAGUUCAUCAGGUGCUCAAGGAGUUUGCGGAAACGGUGGUGAUGCAGGACCUUGUGUUUUCUCCAGAGUUUGACAACGAGGAAAGAAAGUUCAUGCAUUCGGUGGCACGCACGUACGGCCUUAAAAGUGUUAGUGUGGAAGGACCGUCGGGCAGGUUUCUCACGGUGCGCCACAAGCUGUCUGUGCGGCAACUUGUGGAUAUGAUCAUUGCUUCUGGACCGACUGAAAAGUACGACGUCAUCUUGCCUGGACAACAAGAUUCCGACGAAGAGAGUUGACAGAAGUCAGUGAAGCUGACGAUGCUUCGUGGUUCUUCAUUGUAUGUAGCAGUGAGAGGAGAAUUCAGUUCCAGCACUGAUAAUGGACAAAAAUUGUGCUACGACAAAUGAAGUGAAAUUUCAAUAAUUACGUGAAUAAAAUUCACCUAAUGUAAAGACUCCUUUGAUGAAGUUAUGAGGAGAAAGAGGAAGUGUAGAUGCUGCGUCUAACACAUGAAAAUCAUUACCGCGGAUAAUGUAGCUUACAGAAACCAUCAAAUUUACUACCCUUGCUAUUCUCAUGUGUCACUAUGAAAAUGCAGUGUGAAUGCUGCAUUUACUCUGUAAAAUGCACAUACAUUUCUGACAAAAUUGCAUCGAAGCAUGAAGCUUGCGGUUACAUUGUCAAAUGGUUUUUAGAAGUAGCUAGGAGCUGUGACACUUCUCAUGUGUCUCACUAGAAAUAUUCAAAAAUUACAUUCCUUUCAACCCUUCUUGUAUUUUUCCCGAAUGGCAAUAAGUGCCAGGAUUGUGCGAAUGUUCAAAGUUCCAGACACGAAUAGAAAAGCUUGCUUUUUAGUUAGGCACUUCACUGGACAAAAUUGUCUAGUAUUCAUUUUUUUAAUAUGAGGAAUAGCGCUCUUGGUGCAAGUCACCUGCAUCAAAUGAUUCUGCUGUAAAAAUAGCUACGGUUGUUGCAGGACGACACCAGUUCUUGAGCAAAUGUGCAGGGUAUACAGCUUCUACUCUAGAAUUUCCAAUAAUUCAUUAAAAAUUCCUCUCUUAUGGAGCUGUAUAUUGCUGCUGAGUUGUCUAAAUUUAUGCAAAGCAACUUGUAUGGUUGCCUCACCCUGCUUAUAUUUCUUGUGCGAGCAUGUGUUGUAGCAUUGCUAUCACCACCCUGAAUAGACACAACAUUAUUUGUAUGCACAAAUCUAGGGGGAGGUCUGUCCUGAUGCAUGCCCUCCCCCACCCCAUGCAUGCAUGUAGAACCAGCGUAUGGCAUGUGACAAAUUCGUUAA